AUAGAUUAGAUCCCGUCUCAUCAUGGAUAUUAUUAUCACAAGUCACAACUGAACUAUAUUCCUCCUCAGCCUUUGGGGAACUGUUCACGCUCGCUUUCUUUUUCUUUUUGGUAACUUGAUCUGUGGAAAGCAAGAGGUAAAAAGAUAUAGGGUCCUCCACCCUUACUCUCUCCAGGGCGCAGCGCAGCUCAGCUCGAAAUUAUACUGCCCACCCACCAAGAAUCAGGGAGGGAGAUCAUGACUUCUUCCACGGCGGAUCGGUUCGGCGGAGGAGACGCAGGAGCAGGGGAUGAUCAGCAGUUGCUGCUGCAUCACCAACACCCGCAGAUGUACUAUCACUUACCGCAGCACAGCCGGAGAGAGAAGCUCCGGUUCCCUGCGGCUGCUGCGGAGGAGUCUCCCGCAUCGACCUCUCUUCUCCUCCUGCACGAGCCCAGCGCCGCGGCGGCGCCGAUCUACGCGGGAGGGAAUUCCCUUGCCGCCUUCCACUCCGCCUCCACCUCGCCCUCCUACUACUCCCACAGUAACUACGGCAGCGUCGCGCAAUUCGACGGCCACGGCGCGCUCCCGGUGUCGCCGCCGCCUCAGCAGGGGCCGCGACACCAGAUCCCCACCCAGGGAUUCUCCCUCUCCCUCUCGUCAUCCCCCUCCGCGCGCCCGCGAAGCCACCUCGCGGGCCGGCCCGCCCCGCUCGGCCCCUUCACCGGCUACGCCGCCGUCCUCAACCGCUCCCGGUUCCUCGAGCCAACCAGGAGGCUGCUCGAGGAGGUGUGCCACGUCGGACCCAGCCAAGCGUCCGCCGACGGCAGAGGCUGCAGUAGCCGCGGCGUCUUCCUGCCGGAGUUGCUCCUGGACGCGGAUCCACCCCCUAGGGAGCCAGCUGUCUUGGUGGACGACCGUGGCAUGGCAGAGGACCUCGCCGGCUCCGGCGCGGAGCAGCAGUGGAAGAAGACCACCCUCAUCUCAAUGCUCGACGAGGUCUGCCGAAGAUAUAAACAAUAUUAUCGGCAAGUGCAAGAUGUUAUCACGUCUUUUGAGUCAGUCGCGGGGUUGAGCUCAGCUGCUCCAUAUGCCUCGAUCGCCCUCAAAAUUAUGUCCAAGCACUUCAGGUGCCUGAAGAACAUCAUCUCCGACCAACUUUGUCAGGUGAACACGGGCAGCAAAGCCGACGCAAGGGAAGACGGUUCAAGCUUUGGUCUACUAAACAAUGGAUUUCUCCAAAGAGCAGCCAAUACCACUGAUCAUGCCUUGGCAGCUCAACCACACAUAUGGCGACCUCAGAGGGGUCUACCUGAACGAGCUGUGUCUGUCCUCCGGGCUUGGCUCUUCGAGCAUUUCUUGCAUCCGUAUCCCACUGAUGUGGACAAGCAUAACUUGGCUAAACAAACUGGUCUCACAAGAAACCAGGUUUCCAACUGGUUUAUCAAUGCGAGAGUUCGGCUGUGGAAGCCAAUGGUCGAGGAAAUCCACUCCCUCGAGAUGCAGCAGCAGAAGAACAAGACAAGCGAGACCAGUCACCAGCCACCACUUCCAUCUUCCAAGCCAACCCCUUUUGCCAGUUCCCAUCAGUUUCAGGCCGCAGGCACGCAGAGCAGUAGUCGGUUAUCGUCGGCUGAGACCAUCAACUUCUCCUAUGCUGGCAUUGGUUCACCGGCUCGAGGAAAUGUUGUAUCGCUCACCCUUGGCCUGCAAAACAACAAUGGGGUGCGCUUUGCCGGUGAAUCAAUGCCGGUGAGUGUGGCGAGCCGGUUCGGGCUGGAGGAAUGCAAUGACCCGUACUUGGUGGGAGCUUUCGGAGGCCAAGAGAGGCAGUUUGGGAAGGAUCGCUUGCUCCAUGACUUUGUUGGCUGAUCGAUCAAAAUUGUGCAUGCAUGAAGUGGAUAGUUUAUUAAGCUUGUAAGAUUAAUUACGAACGUGUAUUUAUUCCGAACGUGAUAAUUCACUCGACUCAAAUCUCAAUUGGUGCAUACAAA